UCUUUUGUUGUUGUGAAGACUGAGGAUAUAUAACGUACACUUUGCUGGACGUGCGAGUUCAACAUUUGAUGCGGGAGUAGAAUAUAUUCACAUUAGUAGUAAAGAGAUUUCAACUCCUUUCCAAAAUGGCGUCCACAGUACCCAAUGACGAGGAUGUUCAUAGUAUCAAGACUGAUUACAGUGCUCAUCUGUCAACAAAAAUAAAUAAAGAUGACGACCAGAUCAUGUUGGAUGUGAUCUCCUCUGGCACAACUGAUUUGGGGAGCUUCGUAAUGGACGAGUCAGACCUCGGAUUGGAAGACGACGACAAAGGGUGCUGCCCUCUCAAGUGUUGCGCAAAGAAGAGUGCCUACCAUUUUGGCGGCGGCGAGGGCCAUUCGAAUGUCCACAUCAAUGAGGCCUUUAGCGGAGAGUCUGUCUACGUUGAGACAGUCAUGGAUUUCAACAACAAUUACUAUAGAAAAUGGUAUGAUGUCGUGAGUAACGAUGACCCAGAGCGCUUUGACAAGAUGUUGCACAAAGCAGGCGAGGUGAAAAAGAAGCUUCUGAUCAAUGGACGUUUCAAGUUUAAUAUCCCACACUCUGUUAUAGAGAAAGCUACGAGGGCGCACCAGCAGUACGAGAGACCGCUAUGUGUUGCUGCGGCGUUCGCCUCUAGCUAUGUCUUCACGAAGUUACUGAAGGAAGAUGUCUGCGUGACUGCACGGGAUAAACAUGGCUGUAACGUCGUACACGCGCUAGUCAUUGCGGCAGCGGAUUGCAAGGAACGUGAGGAGCAGUACUUUGCAAUGUACAACUCCCUCUUGGAAAACACGGACCGCGAUACCCAAAGAGCUUUGCUACUAGGCGAGACCCUGCAGGGGCAGCGACCACUCGAACUAGCAGCAAAGUUGGGUGCAUUCGGGAUCUUCCGCGUCAUCUUGGAAACACCGAGCUUCUUCGGCAAGAUACUUUGCCAAACCGGUGCCUGUAGUUUUUAUAGGUACAACCUGUCUGAUUACGAGGACAGCAGUAAUCCUAAAAGAUACUACAGGUCACCACUCCGAUAUAUCUGCAACAUCCAAGAAGAACACGUUGACGAUUACAUUGAGCACAAGAUCCAUGAGAUACCGGUCAUCAAGUCAUGGAUGAGACGAAAGUACCUAUCAAACUUUGGUUUGAUCCUGCUCUGGUUGACAAUCAAGUUUGCAAACGUAGUGAUGUGCACCAUCAUCGAUCCAAAUGCACUCCCACUCUACGUAGCUUGCAGAGAAAACAUCACCAGCUAUUCAGAUUGCACCAACUCAGCCGAUUCAAACUGGUUGGUCAUUUCAACAGUCUUUGCUAUUAUUACGGGGUUCUACAGCGUCGUAGUCGUGCUCUUUGACUUGUUUGAACUUGUCGUCUGCCGUCGAUGUAAACAAGAGAAGGGGCUCGCUGACCAUGCUAUCGGGAACAAUCAGUUCGGAACGCUAUCGUUCUACCGCUGCUGCCAUUUCUUGUUGGCUUUGUCCACCAUCAUCAUGCUGGUAGUCGCGUACCUGUACCGAGGCAAAGACAACCUUCAAGCUUGUCUGACCUCUAAAGCGGUCAUGCUGCCUUUCAUCGUCAUAGACCUCUUCCAUGUUUUAGAAAACGUGCCGUUGUUCGGAACAUUCGUCACAACCAUGCAGAGACUUUUAAAGAUAACCUUGAAGUAUGUCCUGUUUAGUUUUCUCAUACAGCUAAUCUUCGCAUUGUAUUUCUACACAACAGUCACAGGAUUCGUACCUAGCGCAAGUGGCACUGGAAUCGAGGUUACCGGAUUCGAAAAUAUCCUGGCGGCGAUUUAUACAACUAUUCUGCUGAUAUCGAAUACGGUUCCUUCAACGAAUGCCGACGCCAUAGCAGUCAGGUUCCCGUUGUACAUAUACAUCAUCAUAAUGAUCCUGCUCUUCCUGAAUUACCUUGUGGCGAUUUUGAUGGACAUUCAGAGGCUCAAACCCGAGAGGAUGUCUUUACUCAGAGAUAUGCGGAGGCUUCGCUUGGCGAUAACCGUGGAGGAGAGAUUCGCUGGAUGUGCACGAAAGUCGACAUGCGCCGAGAAGAAUUCUGGAUACUUUAUUGUGGCCACCUAUAUCAAAGACAGGAACUUUAGAAAUGACGUUAGUGCGAAUACGCCAAUACACUCACGCAUACCACAAGGGCGCUAAUGAAGAGACUGGAUUUCAUUUUAACUGUUCCAUAACCUGACUUUACCAUGUAUUUUAUCAUCUAUGACUGAAAUCUGUGUAUAUAUAUAUAUUUCAAAUUUUUUAUACACACAUUUUCUACAUUAUGCAACAAUCGACGUACGGGAAGGCAUAUUUAUGCUUCAAAUGUUGUACGAUAAAACUGAUUUCGCAGCCUUACUAUUUUCAAUUCAACAAGCCAAGAACUACACGGGCGAUCCCUGCCAGCCUGCACUGACAAUGAAUGACGGGCAAAUGUUUUUUCAUUAUCACGAAAACCACACUUAUUGUCUUUUUAAAGACAAACUGAAGCUUAGGAUCAUUCGGAAUACAUCAGACAAACGAAGACAACGAGAUCUCAAUUAUAUUUACAAUAGUUUUAUAUUUGUUCUUAUUAUGUUUAGGAUUUAAAGAAUAUAAUUCAAGAAUAUCAUCGGGAUGAUAAAUUGUACAACACACAUAGAACGGUUAUGUAGUAAAGCACAUCUUGAUAAUAGUGAACGUCUAUAAGAAACGCCAUGAAAAAUAAGUGGGUUCAAAAUAGACGAAUGAAAAUGAAUUCAUGGUGCACUAUGACAACUCAAAUGGCUGAAUUAUAUUUCAAAUUUUAUGAAAUCCACCAAAGAAUCAUUAAAAUAAUUAUCCCUUAAAUAGAGUAGAGCAUUGUUCAUUGGAACUAAAAUUCAGUAUAGAAUGUACAUGUAACGUGCUCAAAUUAAAAGUAAGCAAUUCAUUUCAAAACAACUGCUACCUUUUAGUGUUUACUCAUGUUAUAGUACAUUGUGGUAAAGAGUUUGUACAUACAUAACAUUGAA